CUUUAUCAGAUUUUUUUUAAAAUAUAAAUAGACUUGAAAUUUCCCUCUCAACAGUGAUCGCAUGAGAGCGAUGGCGAGUGAGCAAGGCAUGAGUAGCUGGACCGAUCUUCUCCACUCAUCCACCAAACUUCUCGAGCAAGCUGCUCCCUCUGCUCAGUUUCCUCCUCUUCAGAGAAACUUAGAUCAGUUAGAAGCAUUAUCUAAGAAGCUCAAGGCCAAAACCUUAAGAACAGAGGCUCCUUCUCAAUCUAUAGCUGCCACAAGGCUACUUGCACGUGAGGGAAUCAAUGCUGAACAACUUACACGUGAUUUGAAGUCUUUUGAGUUGAAGACCACGUUUGAGGAUGUUUUUCCUGCUGAAGCAACGAGUGUCGAGGAGUAUCUGCAGCAGGUUCAUGAAAUGGCAAUGGUUUCAGCCAUCCAAGAAGCUCAGAAGGAUAACCUCAGAAGUUUUAAUGACUCUGUGAUGAAAGUACUGGAGGAAGACUGGCAAAAGGAAAAACGGGAGUUCUUACAGAGCUUGAGCCGAAUUUCAACAUUACCUAAGACCAACAUGACUGAUAAAAGCAUCGGUGGUGUACGGUUAGGUCAAAUAGUUUCCAUGACUACUAGUCGUCAGGUUCCAUUGGGUCCUUCUGCCACGGGGCUUCUACCUUUAGCUGACAAGCCAGUUGUUGACAAAAAAGUGUCGGUAUAUGCUGAAGUUGUUAAAGAUCUGAACAAUGCAAGAGAACGAGGCUUGCCAUUUAACCCUGCCACAGCUUUUAAGGUUGCUUAUGAGAGUUUGGGCAGUGAAGCAUCUGGUGGGAAAUCAGUUAACAUGCAGAAAAUGUGGCGUCUUUUUCAGAAAUUAAUGGGUGAGGAUUCGACGAUGCUACUGAGUGUUUCUAGAAAGAUGUCAAUAGUAAUUGGUGCUAGACGUCACCUGGAAUGUGGACAUGAGAAAUACAUUAUGGAUAUAAUACAAAGCCAUCCUGCACAAGCUGCUCUUGGUGGAGCUGUUGGAAAUUUGCAUAGAGUUCGCGCCUUUCUUCGGAUUCGUUUGAGGGAUUAUGGAUUACUGGAUUUUGACGCAGGAGAUGCUCGAAGGCAGCCUCCCAUUGAUACCACUUGGCAGCAGAUUUAUUUUUGCUUGAGGACUGGUUAUUAUGAUGAAGCAAGACAAGUUGCCCUAUCAUCCCGUUCUUCUCACCAGUUUGCACCACUGCUUACGGAGUGGAUUAACAAUGGAGGCAUGGUGCCAGCACACAUUGCAGUUGCUGCUGCAGAAGAGUGUGAAAAGAUAUUCAGAAUGGGUGAUCGGGUAGGUCGAGCUGCAUAUGACAAGAAAAAGUUGUUGCUCUAUGCUAUCAUAUCCGGGUCUCGCAGGCAAAUUGACUGUCUCCUCAGAGAUCUACCUUCACUUUUCAGUACCAUAGAGGAUUUCCUGUGGUUCAUGUUGUCAGCAGUACGGGACAUUUCUGGUGGAAACCCAUCUAACGAGGGUUCAGUACCAUACAGUCUUGAUGAUUUGCAAGCUUACCUAAACAAAUUUGAGCCAUCAUAUUACACAAAAAAUGGAAAGGACCCUCUAGUAUAUCCAUAUGUCUUACUCUUAAGCAUCCAGUUGCUACCAGCUAUUUCAUAUUUGUCUAAAGAAGCAGGACAUGAAGGAUACAACAUUGAUGCUGUCCACAUAGCAAUUGUGCUAGCAGACAAUGGGGUCCUUUCUGAAGUUGCUGGAGCCGGACAAAAACUAGGAAUGAUGGAUGCUUAUGCAGAAGCAUCGAGCAUUAUUAGGUAAUUUGGCUCUAUGUAUCUAAAGCUUGGUAAUCUUCAAAUGGUUCUAGAAUAUUACGCACAAGCUGCUGCCGCACUAGGUGGUGGACGUCUGUCGUGGACUGGGAGAGGUGGCGUGGAUCAGUUAAGGCAGAUGAACUUAAUGCUGAAGCAGCUUCUCACUGAGGUAUUAGUCCGAGAUGGUGGGAUUUAUCUUUUACUUGGUUCAAGAGGUCCUGGAGAAGAAGGUGAACUGGGACGAUUUUUGACUGAUCACAAAGCAAGACGACAGUUUCUGCUUGAAGCUGCCCGCCAAUGUCAAGAUUCUGGGCUGUACGACAAGUCUAUAGAGAUUCAGAAGAGAAUUGGAGCUUUUUCGAUGGCAUUGGAAACAAUAAAUAAGUGCCUUUCCGAAGCAAUUUGUGCUUUCUCACGUGGUAGAUUAGAUGGCGAGAGUCAAACUUCUGGACUCAUUCAUUCUGGCAACGAGAUCUUCGACACUUUCAAAUAUUAUCCUGACAUCAGUCUCCAAGACAGGGAACAGGUUCUGGAACAACAAACCGUAUUAAGACAGCUUGAGACUAUAUUGGCGAUCCACAAAAUGACAAGAACAGGCCAGUAUCUCGAUGCUCUAAGGGAAGUUGCCAAGAUCCCAUUCCUUCCAUUCGAUCCGCGAGCCCCUGAUAUUACCUCCGAUGUGUUUCAGAGUUUAUCUCCUCAUGUCCAAGCCUGUGUGCCUGACCUGCUAAAGGUUGCUCUAACUUGUCUGGACAAUGGAUCCGAUACAGAUGGGUCACUUCGUGCUAUGAGAUCAAAGAUUGCAGCCUUCCUUGCAAACAACAUGCGUCAGAAUUGGCCCCGUGAUUUAUGCGACAAGAUUGCCAAAAGCUUGUAAAGUGAAUCAUCGGUGACGACAGAGUGAAACGC